GGGGGUGGUGCAAGAGGAAAGGAGAAUGUUUGUAAGAUGAGGAGGGUUGCUUUUUGAGCUCUCUCUCUCUCCCAGCUUUUCAUCAAUCUUAUGUAAACUGCAGAAAAGUAAGAGGUGAAGUCCCUGCUAUCCCAGACUUUGGGAGACCACAGAAGCAUCAGGAGGGAUUGUUGUAACCAGGAGAAGAGUGGAGGGUGCUACUCGCCUUAGUUUUAAAGGGCAUUACUCGGAGAACAGUUUGGAGCUUAACUUUCAUCCCCCCACCAAAUUCUCUUUCCCCGACCCCCACCCUGCUGGUUCUCAAUACUCUCUCUCUCUAUAGUUUGAAUGCCUAUUUCUUGAGCUGUGGGCGUCGCAUGUUUGGGUCCAGACGCUCGGGGGUUGUGCGGAGACUGUGGAGGAGCCGUUGCUCCAAGCCGGGAGGAGAGAGCGGCCAGAAUGCGGAUCAGGACCCGCAGAGCGGACUGAAGCUGGCCACCCACUCCCUCCUGAAGAGGCUGAAGGACGAGCAGCUGGAGCUGCUGGCCCGGGCGCUGGAAGCCAGGGGCACCGACGACCGCACCCGCUGCGUGUCCUUCCCCCGGAGCGAGCUGCGGAUCGGCAAGCAGCACUACUGGCCGCAAGUGCUGACCUGCAAACUCUUCCGCUGGCCGGACCUCAAGCACCUCCACCAGCUCAAGCGCCUGUGCAUCUGCGACUGCUUCUGGAGGAUGUCCGAAGAUCACCCCACCGUCUGCUGCAACCCUUACCACUUCAGCAGGCUGUGUGAGCCAGAAACUCCACCACCACCCUACUCCAAACUGCUGCCCAGCAACAAUCGGAAGACCAUCGAUGGCCUGUUUGAACACGAGGAUGCACAUGAACACAGGGCACCUGAGCCUUCCAGCCACACAAAUGGAGACUGGCCAGAUUUCAGCUUGUCCCCACACGCAGUCAGGGAUGGACACUGGUGCAGUGUGGCAUACUGGGAAUACCGGACCAGAGUGGGCCGCCUCUACGCGGUGCACGAGCCUUCGGUCGGCGUCUUCUGCGACCUGCCUCGCGGCACGGGCUUCUGCCUGGGCCACCUCCACGUGGACAACCGCCACGAGCUGGUGAGGCGGACGCGCGGCAAGAUCGGCAGCGGGAUCCUGCUGAGCAAGGAGCGGGACGGGGUUUGGGCCUACAACCGCAGCGAGCACCCGGUCUUCGUCAACUCGCCGACCCUGGGCCCGCCUGGCGCCCGGACGCUCUCCGUUCACAAAGUGCUGCCCGGCUACUCCGCCAAGGUCUUCGACUACGACAAGUCGCGUGCUCUGCAGCGAGCGGCGGGCUCCGAAUUCCCCGACGGGCCCUCUGAUCCCAACAGCAUCCGGAUCAGCUUUGCGAAAGGCUGGGGGCCUUGUUACUCCAGGCAGUUCAUCACCUCCUGCCCGUGUUGGCUGGAGAUACUGUUGAAUCACACUUGAAGGAUCGGUCCUUUAACCGAAAAGAAACGCCCCACCCCCACACACCCCUCCCCGCCCACCCCCCCCACGACCCCCCCCAGCACUUACUGAACAAUACUGAGUGUGUUGGUUGUUCCACCACUCAGGGGCACCCAUUCUCCAAUCCAUGGUCAAAACCAUUCAAACCUUCACUAGAAGCUGUGGGCGCAGGAGAUGGGUCUCGUUGCCCCCUCUCAACACUCAGUGGGUGCCUCGGACUGAUGACACGCAUUGUUACAGUACAGGGGGAGGACAUUCGGCCCGUUGUGCACGUGACAUUCAUCUGGUUCCCUUCCCCCCCUCAAGCCCUGCGCAUUUUUCCUUUCCAGGUAACAAUCCCAAUUCCCUCUCGAAAGCCUUGACGGACCCUCCCUCCGCCACACUCCCCCUAAGCCCUGCGCAUCCUUCCUUUUCAGGUAACCAAUCCCAAUUCCCUCUCAACAGACCCUCCCUCCCUCUCGGGCAACACUCUCCAGAUCCUAACUGCACGCUGCAUGAUAAGGUAUCUCCUUACGCCACCAUUGCUUCUCUUGUUGAACCGUACCGGCCAUGCCCGUAGCCUCCUGCUAUUCAAUCCCCACUCUGCUGAUUGAUUCCCACGGCAGGAGACGUUGGCGAGUGAAGCCCCCUACUACCCCUGCACCCCCACCCCACCCUCC